AUGGUGUCCAUACGUCCUUCUAUUACAGAAGGAGAGGUUACAUUAAUCCACCGAAGCCUUCCUCUGAUGUUUGCUGAUCUUUUCUUCAAGGAGGCUGUCUCUCACACAGAGUCCAGGAACAGCAGCAUAGUGAUUCAUCAGCCCUACUUCCUGCCACUCAUCAUUUUCCCACGCCAUCGCCACUCCCUCCUCAUCAUGCUGCGGCCAGCCUUCUCCAUCCGUGACAGAGAUCACGAGGUUGCUAGAAAGGCUUGGGAUCCUGCAGGCACGUUCCAUGGUGGUGAGUCAAUAGAAGGGAAAUUCCUAGGGUCACAUGUUCCCUCCAAUCUGGCUGAUAACAACUCUGUGCUCCGAGAAGGCUCCUUUUUGAGGGCUGAAGAUGGAGAAGAACCUACGUUUUAUUGUGACCACUGUGGUAGGUAUCUUACCCACGAUUCUUCAUCUGUGAGAAAGCCACACUGCCAUGGUAGGAAACACAAAGAGAAUAUGAAAGACUCCUACCAGAAAUGGAUGGAAGAGCAGGCCCUAAGCCUGAUCGACAAAACAAAGCCUGCAUUUCAGCAAAGCAAUAUACCUCCUGCUCCCUUCUCUGCUCCUCCUCCCGCAUGGACCAUGGCGCUGCUCCCUGAGUCUCCAGGUCCUCUUGGCCCUGGCAGGACGCCUGCUCCCCACAUGGAAGGCCCUCCCAUGAUGACAAUGAUGGGCCGUCCUCUUCCUGGAAUGAUGCCCGCGGGUCCUGCUCCUGGAAUGGGGACACCCAUGGAAGGCCACAUGCCUAUGGUGCCUCCAGUAAUGAGACCUCCUGCUCACUCUAUAAUGGCGCCCACUCGGCUUGGCACGACUUGGCCGGACAGGUAA